AUGUCACCUAAGAACGGUGAAAUCGAGCUGGACGUUGUGUCAACUGGAUCCACAGAUAAGCAAGAUGAUCUUGCUUUGGCGAGACUGGGUAAAAAAGCUGUAUUGAAGCGCCGUUUUGGCUUCUUGUCCAUCCUAGGGUUUAGCUGUACGGUUCUGAUUACAUGGGAAGCGUCAUUGGUCUUGUUCCUGGUCGGUUUCCAAAAUGGAGGUCCUGCUGGAGUCAUCUAUGGCUACAUCGUUGUAUGGGCAGGUACCGUGUCUGUUUUCAUAGUACUUAGUGAAUUGGUAUCAAUGGCACCUACUUCCGGUGGCCAAUACCACUGGGUAUCCAUGCUCGCCCCUCAAAAUUCCCAGGUACUACUCAGCUAUGUUUCCGGGUGGCUCACUCUUUGCGGCUGGCUAGCAUCUCUCGGCUCAGGUGCCUUCUUGACUGGUGGACUGAUUCAAGGUCUUAUCAUGCUAUGCCAACCUACGUCCUAUGUCCCUCAAAACUGGCACGUCACCCUCUUCUACUGGGCUAUAAUAGCCUUCUGCAUCUUCAUCAAUGUAGGAGCCGGCUGGCUGUUGCCCAAGUUCGAAGGCGCACUGCUGUUCCUACAUAUCCUUGGUUUCUUCGCCAUUUUGAUCCCUCUUCUGGUAAUGGGCCCGCAGGGAGAUGCCCAGGAUAUUUUUACAACUUUUCUGAAUAUGGGAGGCUGGAAUAGUCAGGGACUGAGCUUUUGUGUGGGCAUCAUGGGGAGUGUGUUUGCUUUCGUCGGUGGUGACGGUCCUAUUCAUCUCUCCGAAGAAAUUCAAAAUGCGCAGGUCGUCGUGCCCCGCUCAAUCAUGAUUGGUAUCGCUAUGAACGGCACCCUUGGUUUCGGCAUGCUCCUCACUGUCCUCUUCCGCAUGGGCGAUCUCGACUCGGUCCUCGCUGAAAAUCCCGCAUUCCCAUUCAUGGUCAUCUUCCACCGUGCAGUGCAAUCGCGAUCUGGCGCCGCCGUUAUGGCUUCACUAGUCAUGGUUCUAACCAUCGGCGCAGGCGUCGGCCUCUCAGCCUCCACGUCCCGCAUCUGCUGGGCUUUUGCCCGAGACAAAGGGCUACCAGGUUGGAAAACACUAAGCAAGGUCAGCUCCAGAACCCAAAUCCCCGUCCCCGCUGUCCUCUUCACAAAUAUAGCCGCCUGCCUCCUUGCCCUCAUCAACAUUGGCUCCACCACCGCCUUCAACGGCAUCAUCUCCGUCGCCAUUGCCGGCCUCUUCUCUUCGUACCUUCUCACUUGUUCCUUGCUACUCUACCGCCGCUGUACAGGCGGUAUCGGCCCCCCUACGGAUCCUAUCGCCGCACUGCCAUCAUCCCCGCUCAAUCAAGACUCGAAAAUACAUGCAGUAUGGGGGCCCUGGCGUCUCCCAGCUGUUUUGGGUAUCGCCAACAACGCUUUUGCAUGCGCCUAUUUGUGUUUUGUGCUCUUCUUCAGUUUCUGGCCUAGCUUUGCGCAAGUCACGGUGCAGAAUAUGAACUGGGCGGUGCUGGUUACGAGCGUGAUUGCGGGAAUGAGCGUUGUGUAUUAUGUGGUUUGGGCCAGGAAAGUGUAUCGUGGGCCGGUGGUGGAGGUGGAUGUGGCGAGGGAGGGUGGUGGUGUUAGGGACAAUGAGGGAGUGUAA